GGCGGCUGAUAUACACACAGAGAGACCUUUGCCUCCAAUCGCUGCUUCAACCGAGGCAUGUUUUACAGCUCUACUGUUUGUUCAGUGUUACUAGGCCAAAUAUAGCAAAAAGGUUAAAGGAAACAAAGAUUAGGUUCCAUUGCUGACAUGUUGGAAGAUUAUUGUGAGAAUUCUCCUCGCGUUGGGGCCAAGUUACUUGUUACAGAAUUGAAUAUGAUGGCUCAAUCAGAUUCAGAUUUCGUGGAAGAGGAAUCACUAAAGAAGGAUUUAAAGUUCUACUUUAUGAAUCCAUGUGAAAAAUACAGAGCUAGACGUCAGAUACCAUGGAAAUUGGGGCUUCAGAUUCUGAAGAUAGUUAUGGUUACUACCCAGCUUAUACUUUUUGGUUUGAGUAACCAGUUGGUGGUUUCUUUUAAAGAGGAGAAUACUAUAGCUUUUAAGCACCUGUUUCUGAAAAACUACUCUGGGGUCGAUGAAGAUGACUACAGUUGCAGUGUGUACACACAGCAAGAUGUCUAUGAUAGCAUCUUUUUUGCAAUUAGUCAGUAUCAGCAGCUGGAGAAUAUAUCACUGGGCACACUCGGUUAUGAGCAAGAUGAAGAUGACAUGGCUGGCUUACACAUAUGUAAGCAACAAUAUAAGAAAGGCACAAAGCUUUCUUCUAAUGAUACAUUGCUCAUAAACAGUACUAUUGAAACAGAAUGCAUUCAUUGGAAACCUCAGGAUCUGUCCACUAAGGAAAUAAGUGAUUUAAAAAAUUCAACAUUUUUCAACCUUGAGUUCUAUAGGCUCAUACAGGUUGAAAUUUAUUUUAAACUAAAAGGCAUUGAUCUGCAGUCUAUUCAUACUCGUGAGCUGCCGGACUGUUACGAAUUUGAAAAUACUAUUACUUUUAACAAUAUGGCUCACAGUGGUAAAAUAAAAAUAUAUUUGGAUACUGAUGCUGACAUUCAGGAAUGUAAAGACUGGAAUAUAUCCGGCUCUUUAGUUCAGAAGAAUACACAGUAUAUCUUGGUUUUUGAUGGGCUUGUUAUAGUGAGCUGUUUUGCUUCUCUAAUUCUCUGCACACGAUCUAUUAUUCUUGCUCUAAAAUUGCAAAAGAGAUUUGUGAAUUUUUUCCUGGAGAAGUAUAAACGUCAUGUAUGCAGUGCAGAUCGUUUAGAGUUUAUAAAUGGAUGGUAUGUUCUGGUGAUUAUCAGUGACAUAAUGACUAUCAUUGGCUCUAUAAUGAAGAUGGAAAUAAAAGCAAAGAAUCUUACAAGCUAUGAUGUUUGCAGCAUUUUUCUUGGGACGUCCACUCUAUUUGUUUGGGUUGGAGUCAUUCGAUAUUUGGGCUACUUCCAAACCUACAAUGUACUCAUUUUAACAAUGCAAGCAUCUUUACCCAAAGUCCUCAGAUUCUGUUGUUGUGCUGGGAUGAUAUACCUUGGGUACACUUUCUGUGGAUGGAUUGUUCUAGGACCAUAUCAUGACAAGUUUGAAGAUAUGAACAAGGUAGCAGAAUGUCUCUUUUCUUUAGUCAAUGGCGAUGACAUGUUUGCUACGUUUGCUCAGAUCCAGCAGAAGAGUACCACAGUCUGGAUAUUCAGUCGAUUAUAUCUGUAUUCCUUCAUUAGCCUCUUCAUAUAUAUGAUACUCAGUCUCUUUAUUGCCCUCAUUACUGAUGCCUAUGACACCAUCAAGAAAUACCAACAAACUGGGAUGCCACUUACAGAUCUUCAUAAAUUUUUAAAAGAAUCUAACAGUGAAAAUUAUGGUCUAGGACAGCGGACAUCCACGAGCCUCUGUUGCUGUAUGAGGCGAAAAAGUGAUGAUAACUUUUUACUUAUUAAUUAAAGAUAGUUGGCAUGGCCCAAAUUGUCAACAAACUGCUGGAAAGCUGGCCAUCUUGAAUUUAUUGGAAACACUGUGUGUGCAAGCCUUUUCCACUUAAGGAAAACUUAAGGAAAAAGAAGUAGCAGUUUUUCUGCCAUCAACAGCGGGAAGCUCAAAAUUUGUAAUAAAAGUGUUGGAUGAACAGUUUUGAUUGCAAUAGCUGAUCUUAAAGAGGAAAAGUGAUUACCGAAUCCCUAAGAAAAGACUUGGCAGAAGUGUGUCGGAGAUGAGAAGAUUGACACAUACCACAGUUCUAGUAUGAAUCCAUAGUUGUUUACCUGGAAAGAAAUAACAGAUCAGGUAAACUUCCUCCUUUGUUAGAAUGUAUGGGAUUGCAGUUUUAAGCAAACAGUGGAGCUGUUUUAUUCCACUUAAUGAAUAUUUUAGGUUUUAAAUUAAUAAUACGGAGGAAAAACAAAAUGAAGCCUCCAUAAAAUCUUUCUUUAAAAAAGUUUGUUAAAACAAAUUAGUCCAACAUCUGGUAAGACUGUAUUUGAGCAUUACUCUGUUUAUAGAUAAUAUCAUGAGGAUAUUUGGAGUGGUUGCACAACAGAGAUUAAUAGCAUGCUAAACAUUUACAAGAGCAAGUUUGGUUGGGGAAAAAGAAAGAAAGCAGAUUCUUGUUAAACUGCCAGUGUUAAUAAAUUAUAUCCAAAAUGCCUUUAACAAAGUGUAAAAACUACUUACACUGUUUUGGAUACAACCCUGAACCAUGGCUGUGUUACAUGCAUUAAAAAGUUUGUGCUAUGGGUAUAUAAACACUUGCUUUCCUUGUAUGUAGCAGCUGAGAAUGUUUGCUACCAGCUUGGUAGCAAAUGUUUUCCAUCCAUAACGGAUGAGAAGAUAAACUUACAGCUGUACCUGGAAGAUGUGUAAUUUGCCUGAAACAAAACAAAAACAAAAGUUUAAUUUUCCAAAUGAAAAUUAAGGUGGAACUCUACAUGCUUGUUUAUUGUGAUUGUUCAUGCUUGUAAACAUUACUGUAGCUUAGAACUGAAUCUCUCAUGUGACACUGAUUUGAAUGAGUAAAAUGUAAAUAUAAAUUUGCAAGACAGAUUCUGAGCAGAUCAAAUGUUAGGAUUUAAAACUGUAGACCUCUAAAGACAAUGGGCUUGCCAUCUAGGCACACAAAUCCGAAGUUAUAAAAUGUACUCUAUUCGGUCCUAAAUAUUUAUAUAAUAUAUAUUUAUCUAAUAUUUGCUAGAGAAAUUUGUAGCAAAUACUGAAAAGUAAUUGGUAUUUAAAAACAACUGGUGUAAAACUUCAAAUCCUGUGCUCCCUAGUCAGCAUGGGCUUGUGGAAUUGAAUUUCAAAGCAGUCUAGGGCAGGGGUGUCAAACUCAUGUUGUCACGGUGGCAUCAUGUGACGUAUCGAGACUGUCUUCCCCUUCGCUAAAUCAGGCGUGGGCAUGGCCAGGAUGUGACGCAUCCAGAUCCGGUGGGCCAGGAGUUUGACAGCCCUGCUCUAGGGGCAUCCGACUGGCUAUGACUAUUUAAUCAUUCUUUCUUAAAUACAGGUAAAUAAAUUUUUUCAUAGCAAAUUUCUCUGGAUGAAGGAUUCGCCCAGUCCAACUAGAGAUAGCUCUAAGAAUGAACUCUUAACUCCAAGGAAAAUGAUUCCAAGGAAAAUUGUUAUAGCAAAUACAAUGUAUAUAUUCAAACAAAUAGGUACGGUAACUAUCUUAAUGGACGAGGGGAAUGCUAUGGAAAUAAUCUCACUCUGAUUUCAGCAAAACUUUUGGGGUUCCAUAUGACAUUCUUACUGAAAAGGUGUUUUACCUGCAGUUGUCUCUGAAGGUUUUUAAGAAGGGGCUGGAGAGCUGUCUUGUGAGGAUAGUUUAGUUUUCCGGCAUUGCAAAAGCUUGGACUAGAUGAUCCUUUUAACGCUUUCCAAGUCCACAAUUUUAUGAUUCUGUGGACAGGCUGCCAAAACUAAAACUCCCACAGAUACAGCUAGUAAUGAUAAUGAUGUUAUCAGUUCAGUCAAGUUGGACUCAACUCUUGGUGACUAUGGGCCAGAUAUCUCCACAUCUUCCAAUCUUGAACUAUUUAUUUUGAGUUUUUCUAUGUUCUGGCUGGCGUACAGCUAAUAAGUUGAUAUUAAGAGUGUUGUUCAGUAACAUUUUGUUGCAGAUAACUAGGCCAUUCUUUAGAAAGAUAUAUGAUGGAACAGAACCUAUUUCAUUUAGAAAAAAUAAUAAGCUGGUAACUACAGUCUUCCCACAUCUGCAGAAAUAUACAGUUCUUGUUUCUGACAGCAUUCAUAGAAUAAAAUCAAGUCUCAUGCUCUAAAUAUUGUGGAACAUAAACAAAUUUUGGGACAUAUAUUUUUGACUCUUUUCUUAAAUUAGACCUUUGGCAUAGAAUAUAAUUCAAGAAUUUACUGUAUAUGUCCCAAGUUUUAAGGAGCCUAAAACUAUACAUAUGCUGUAAAAGAUAAGUUACUGUAUUAUUCUGAUGAUGUCAUUCCCAUGGUUUUGGAUAAUUAAAGCCAUGCUACAUCACAUUCAUGUUAUAAAUCUAAAUCUAAUGAAUUGACUAUUAUAUAAAAUGUGGGGGCCUAAUAAAGUACGGUAGUAAGCUGUUCUAUGUCCCAUGUUUUCAUAUUUUCCUCCUUAGUAGUCAUCUGUUUUUAUUAAAAAGCAUUUUAUUAAAUGCAGAAAGCAAAUAAUGAAUGAGCUGGAUUAACCUAAUGACAAAGAAAGAAAGAAAAACUUCAGUUCCAAGACAUUAACCAAAAGAGUUUUACCAGUUAAAUCUCUAGAUAUAGGAAUUUCAAUUUCUUGGUUCCAAUAAUAUAUUAUUGAUCAUGUGUGAUAUAGCUGAUCAUUUAUCUUGCAUUUUCAUAGCAAUAGAAAACUGUAGUAUUUUCCUUGAUUGCUUCCACUGUUGCAUUUAUCCCCCAAAGGUAUCAGCCUUUCAGUCUGUUUUACAGACAGUCCAACUAAUAUUGUCAAGUGGUUGCACUCUGUAGUAUUUUCCACUUUGUUCUCCAAUCUUUAAUCAGACAUUAUUUUAUUGAUUUAAAACUUUAGCAUUUUGCAUGUAUGAAAAGUGGCUCCUGGGGUUUCUGCUGAGAAUUCAGUGUUUUAUGAAAUGUCAUGUGAUACCAACAACAGAUUUAAAAUCUGUAUUGUGGGAGUAAUUUCGCUCCUUUGUGAAUUGGGAGGAGAGACCAGUAACACUGAGAAACGUAUAACCCUGGCACGUUGGAUGCUUCCAGCCAAUUUAAAAACAAACAAAUCAUGUUAUUUAUUGCAUGUAUAAUAUGCCAUAAUAAAAUGACUCUUGAUGUUUUUAUAACCAUGGAAACAAUUAUAACAACUUUUUUUUUAGCUUUACAAAUUUUUAUUUUAUCAAUU